CAGGUAAGCGGUCAUUCCUACAGGGACUUAAGAACACACAAAGAAAAGGCAACUGCAUCUACACUGUCAGUAUAAUUCCUUUCCUUCUCAUCAUCAUUGUGGGCUUAGCAAUUGCACUAGUGAAACAUACUUCACCUCAAGAGUGCAACAACUGCCCAAAAGGUUGGAUGGGAUACGAUGGGAGAUGUUACUAUUUUUCCAAUGGGACCAGAAAUUGGAAUGAAAGUCUUGAAUUCUGUUCAUCGCUUGAUGCUUCUCUGGUCAUAAUAAAAACCAAAUCAGACCUGGAAAUCAUCAACCGUUACAAAGAACAUUUUUACUACUGGAUUGGACUGGCAAAAGGAGCUGAAGGGUGGCGAUGGGUGGAUGGAUCACCUUUUACAAAUGACAUAAUCACACUUGAGAAUGAGGCACCAAACCUGAACUGUGGUUACCUGAAUACAGAGAAGAUUGUUACCAUAGCCUGCGAAUCUCUCAGGCGCUGGAUCUGUAUCAGAGAUGUCAACCCUACCUUUGGCCCCUCCAGAGCUGCCUCCUGAGGGUCUGGCUGCACUUGUAGCAAAACCCCCAGUUUUCCUUUUUUUCUUUUUAAAUGCAUUCCCUCCCCUUCCCCAACCAUUUCUGACUUUGUC